UUGACUUUCGCAAGAAAUCAGAAGGUUGUUGAACUGAAUCUCUAAAUUAAAGAUGAUGCACUUGUGUGCAGCUGUAUUGAUUAUUUGCCACUAUAUUUUGCACAGAAGUGAGAGCAUCAUAAUCAAUAACUACACCCUCUCCACAGCAAAGGGUAAUGAAAUCAAGAGUGUUUUCGGCAUUGUUGAAGAAGUUAUGAAAAACGGUACCCCAGUUACAAAAAAGAGAAGCAAAGCGACCAGCAGUGUAGCUACUUAUGAGAAAUGUUCCCAUUUAUGCAAGGAAACGACUUCGAGCCUAAAAGAAAAAAAAUAUAACAUGUGCAGAAAUUUGCAGAUUUCUCUGAUUACUUAUGCAAGAGGUACCAAAAAAAUGUUGAAGAACAUGUUAGAAGAACAACAAAAAUCCUUGGAGUUUCUUUCUAAUCAGGUGAGUGAACUAACCAAUAAGGUUCUUCUUUUGAAUGCAGAAGUCUUGAAAAAACACACGGAUCCUUUUCCUUUGAGACCAUUUCAAACCCAUGGUUAUGAUUGUACAGAUAUUAAGGAAACUUUUGGUCCAGUUUCAAAAACCCCAAGUGGCUUAUACAUUAUACAGCCUGAAGGAUCUAAUGCUCCAUUUGAGGCGUUUUGUGACAUGGAUUAUAAAGGAGGAGGAUGGACUGUUAUUCAGAAGAGAAUUGAUGGCACUGUUGAUUUUCAGAGGACCUGGCUGGACUACAUGGAUGGAUUUGGGGACCUGUCAGGGGAAUUUUGGCUCGGUCUCAGGAAGACGUUCUGCAUCUUAAGUCAGAAAAACACCAGCUUCAUGCUGAAUAUUGCUUUGGAAGCUGAAGAUGGUGCAUUAGCUUAUGCAACAUAUGAUAAUUUUUGGCUCGAAGACGAAAAGACUUCAUUUACAAUGCACGUUGGACGCUAUUUUGGAACAGCAGGUGAUGCUAUUCGAGGCCACCGGAACGAGCACAAUCAAAACGCAAUGCCGUUCAGCACAUUUGACAUGGAUAAUGAUGGCUGCUACCCAUCAUGCACUAUGCACGGCAAAUCUGUAAACAGCUGCAGUGCACUCAACAACAGGAGUGGCUGGUGGUUUAACCAAUGUGGCUUGGCCAACCUGAAUGGUGCUCAUCGUGUUACCCGGGGUGUGGAAAUACCAGGCAUUCAUUGGAGCACAUGGAAACAAGACAAUUCCACAGUAAAAAUUAAAUCUGUUUCAAUGAAGAUCAGGAGAACAUACCAACCAUUUUAUAAAUGACUGCGCCAUUGGUGUCCAUAUCUAACUACAGCUCAAUUUGUUAACCUGUUAUUAGAAAUUGUACAUUGGAUUUGUGUAAUGUAUUUUGUAAGCACCUUUAUGAUUUAACAUGAGUUUGUUCCACAUAUAUUGUUAAUCAUUGGGCACACAGUAGAUGAAGUUUCUUGUUACAAAAUGUUUUUGAUGUACGAAACAUUUUGUGAGUUUUUUUGCAGAAAUAGAAUGACAGAUUAUCCUCUUGUCUAGUGUGAUGUAAUUAAAAGCCGAUACCAUUCAGAUGA